AUGCGAGCCGAGCUACUCACUAGUCCACCCAAUCUACGCCCAAUAGCCCAAUUCGCCAAAACUAUGGAAGAGUUACUGACCUGUCCACCUACAUUGUGCUCCAACAAGCCAUACAAUGACCCCCUGGCUGAUGUCUUUGCCUCUUUGUGGGAACCUGAUCCAUGGGAAGCACUGAUCCUACAAGAUGAUGACUCCACCAGUCAACCUCCAGCUCCAGUAGCCAACACUGAAUCCCACGAUGAUCCACCAGUUCACUUAGUGCCAAGCACCAGUCCCCUGCACUCCAACAGCGCCCAGCACAUCAUUGCCCAGGUAUACCGCAGGCACAAAGCACGACAAGCACACGCAGCCCAGCUUGCACUCACCAUGGCAGAAAUCCUACACUGCCCACCUACACUACGUCCCAAUCAGCCACUCAUUUCUGUCACCCCUGAGGCCCUCCCAAUCUUGGAUGUACCUGACACAUGGGAAGAAUUGACAAACAGUGAUGAAGAUUGUAGCAGUUCUCCAAACACUGACACAACCACUGAUCCUGAUGAUGACAUCCAAUGUCACUUCCACACCUGA